UAUGUCAGUGUGUAUGAACUAAGAGGGCCACCUGUACCCUGUAUCCAGACUGAGUUCAACUAAAAGCUUUAUCAGUAUACAGUGCUCUUGCAUACCAGCCACAACAGCUCACACAAUAAAUAUAAAACAUGGCCUACCACGGUCCAUCUUACGGACUCUCUAGAGAGUGCCACAUGAAGUCCCAGGCCAAGUUUAGCGUUGAGCGUGCUCGAGAGUGCAUGAUUUGGGUACAGGAAAUACUUGGUAAAAAACUGGGAGAGGAUGGAGAUAUGAAGGACCAAACCCAGUUUGCAAACAUACUGAAAGACGGAUCUGUUCUAUGCGAGCUUAUCAAUGCUAUAGAACCAGGAUCUGUAAAAAAGAUCAAUACCAUGAAUGCACCAUUUAAACAGAGGGAGAAUAUUGAAAUGUACCUGAAGGCGUGUGUUGCGUACGGGUUAAAGGAACAAGACCUCUUCCAGGUUAAUGAUUUGUACGAGAACAAGAACCUGUACAUGGUAGUUGACAACCUUUACAAUUUGGGAGGCAUGACUCAGAAAAAUGGUUGGACUGGACCUGUUCUAGGAGUAAAAGUUGCCAGUGAGAACAAAAGGAACUUCGAUGACGAUGUUCUGAAGGCUGGUCAGAGUGUUAUAGGAUUACAGUACGGAAGCAAUAAGGGGGCUAGCCAAGCUGGGAUGACCCCAUACGGCGCAUCUCGACAAAUUAGACCUGAAGGUAGAUAUAUUUUCAGAUGAUGAGUAGAGAAUUGUUCUAAUUCAGCCACUUAUAGCAUGUUCAUCGGACCUCUCAAACCCGUACCACACUUGAGCUGUCUGCUAAUGUUAAAUGCAUUACAUCAACAAAAGCUGGACAAAUGUAUGAAACUUUACCAAUCUGUAUAUUGGUGCAUAUUUUAAUGUUAUUUAUUUCAAAUAUCGGAUUUUAGGCUGCUUAGCUUGUCCAUUGAAGCGUUACUUUUAAUAAUAAAAAUAAAAUUACUUUUGCAAAUAAUAA